AAACAGCAUCUCUUGAAUGCGAAGAUUGGGGCUUGGCGAGAGAAAUUGGGCAUGUUAGGCUGGGGCGCUGUCUCUGACGUCAAUGAAGUCGGCUCUGACCCAUUAAACCUAUCCGGUUCUCCCGCAAACCAAGUAUGACGAGAGAAUGACAUGUAGAUUUGCAAACAUUGCCUGAUCUGAGUCCUAAAACCAUCGCAAAAUACAUUUUUAAGUCUAACCAUAGUGUUGUUGAACGAUAAAAUUUUAUUCAGACAUCUGAGCCCUUACAUCAACAUUGGAAAUCACCAUCACAGCCAGUAAAACAUAUUAAGCGACGCCGAAUAGACUGUAGACUAGAUCACCAUGGGAGGGAUGGAAAUAACUAAGAUAGGCAUGCUCGGGGUAGGGAGCAUGGGUGGCGCGAUGAGCCUGCUCUUCGCCGAGCACGGAUAUGAGGUAUUCUUCUUCGACCCAAGUGACCGGAAUAUGGAUCAGCUGGAGAAGAUGUAUCGAGACAUCCACCCGAACAGCAAAAUUCACCGCACAGGCGGUUACGAUGAAUUAUGCUCUAAGCUUGGCGAGACGAAAGUCUUCGUUUUCAGCACGCCGCAUGGCGGACCCGCGGAUAAGUGCGUGGAAUCGCUGAAGCCUCAUCUCAAAGCCGGGGAUGUCAUCAUCGAUUGCGGCAAUGAGCACUGGGAGAACACGGAGCGUCGCCAGCGCGACCUGGAUCCGAAAGGAAUUCACUACAUCGGCUGCGGUGUCUCCGGCGGCUACCAGAGCGCGCGCGCGGGUCCGUCGAUGUCGCCUGGCGGUAGCGCCGAGGGUCUCGAGAAGGUGAUGCCGUUCCUGCGAACCGUUGCAGCCAAAGAUGGCCAGGGUCGGUCUUGCACGAAUCCCGUUGGCCCCGGCGGCAGCGGACACUACGUGAAGAUGGUGCACAACGGCAUCGAGCAGGGCAUGAUGUCCGUGAUAGCCGAGGUAUGGCUGCUGCUCACUGAAGGCUUAGGGUUGAACAACAAGGAAGUCGGCGAUAUCUUCCAGUCGUGGAAUGAAAAGGGGCCAUUGCGCGGCUGCUUCCUUGUGUCCAUCGGCGUAGACAUCGAGCGCGCUAAGGAUGAUAGCGGGAAACUCGUGCUGUCACAAGUUAGAGACAAGGUCGUGCAGGACGUCGAUGAAGAAGAGGGCACAGGGAUCUGGACGUGCGAGGAAGCCGUCGCGAGACACGUACCCGCUGCGUCGAUCCUCAGCGCACAUCUCUUCCGCUGCGCAUCCGCGGACCUCGCGCGCCGGACGAAGAACAAGAAGAGAUCGGGCGGCAGGGACGGGCGACGGGCGAACCCGCGGGACGUCUUCGCCGCUGGGGUAUCACGAGACGAGUUCGUCGAGGACCUACACCAGGCGACGUACUUCUGUUUUCUGGCUUGCUUCGCCCAGGGCCUCGAUCUCAUCCGGCAAAAGGACAAGGACAAGGACUGGAAGCUAGACUAUCGCAGGAUUCUGCAGCUGUGGCGGGGUGGAUGUAUCAUACAGGCCGACUUCAUCACUGAUUUGCUAGAUAAGAUGUAUGCGCGCGCAGACCACGAUCCUGACGACGUCCUCGGGAACGAAGAGGUGGAGAAGGACUUGGCGGCGACCUACCAGCAUACGAAGAAGGUGGUUCUGAAGGCGAUUGAGGCAGACUUGUUCGUGCCGUCUAUAAGUCAGACUCUAGAGUACUACAAGUAUGAGACCUCGACACAUUUACCGACUCAGUUCAUGGAAGCCCAGCUUGAUUAUUUCGGCUCGCACAUGUUUGAGAAGAAGGAUGAUCCUAUGAGAGGUCCUGAAAAAGGAGAGCAUCACUAUGAGUGGAAGCCGGCGAAGGGGUUAGCUGAUAAGUAACGGUUUCUGGGAAGUAAUAGUAUUAAUACUCUUUGACUACCUUAAUCAAUAGCCAAAUGGCACUUCUGCUUUGGGUGCUAUCCAACUAGUCAUUAUACUGGGCUGAAUCACGAUGAGUUAUAAACUUUCAUGUGGUUCUAUCCCUUACCUCGAUUUCAUCGACAGUUCGACCAGUUUUAUUUACACGAGUGUCAGUGACCUGAGCUGAUAAGUAGCUGAUCAUGAUCUUCGAAAGACAUGCAGGUAAUAUUGAAAGUGAGGUUAUACAGGCUUCACGUCAUCGAAUGAAACCUAGACGGUCAGUACUGGCAGUCAAAUUGAUAUAAAAAGUCAUUCACCAAGGUCAAAAAGGAACUGGUCAAAGACGUUUCUAGCCCUAGCAGAUCAUUAUAUUGUAAAUAUCAUUAAAUUCCGACUCAAGUUCUCGGCCCUUGAUAUAAUACAUCCACGCCAAUUUGUGACACCCCAUCAAUAUUACCAGAGUAGCUGGAAGAGAUGUAAUAGUUUCCUUUUAGAUAGUUUCCUGAUUCUGAUAUAGAAAUAAUAACAUGAUCAUGCCAGCAGUUUCGUGUUUGUAACAAACCAAUGUCGAUUUGGGUGGCCUA